GACGAUCAUCACUUGACAUCUGAGCGAGACAAAAAAACGCGCAGCGGCAUCGCAAGACGGCGCAGCGCAGGACGUAUCGCACGCCUGCCUCCCCACGCCCGCCACGCAAUCGGGCUGCCCGCUGUUCAUCAGCGCACCAAUUGCUACAAGCACCAGCUGCCACAGCAAAAAAUGUCCGAGCUCGCCUACGCCAUGACGCCGCCGACGCGCGAGGAGCGCUCGGCCUCCAUGGACUCGGCGCAGUCCGACGUCGACAACGUCCUCAAGGUUGCAUCCGCUCUACGGGAGUUCAACACGCUCCGACAAGAGGGCAUCGUCUCGGAACAAGAAUUUUUAGAAAUGAAAGCCAAGUUAUUAGCGGUGGGCAAGGACGAGCUCGGCAGAUCACCUUCUGGAGACACGCUCGAGACGCUCGUAGAGGCGACGAACGAGAUGGACUCGAGCCGCGCGUCGCGCAUCAGUUUCGCGGACGACGGGGGCGGGGACUUGGUCUCGAACCAAAAAGAACUCGACGAGGCGACCGACGACGCGCUGGACAACACGAUCGCGGUCGUCCAGGGCACGUGGCAGGAGAUCAAGGACGCGCUGGGCGACGGCGUCGCGGAGACGGCUGGGGUCAUCCUCUUCAGGCACAUCUUUCGGAUCGCGCCGCAGGCGCUGGCGUUGUUCAGCUUCAAGGACUGCGCCGGCGGGAAUGUGUGUGAUGAGCUCUUCGAGAAUAAGACGCUGCGGAAGCACGCGGCCAAAGUGGUGGGCACCGUCGAUACGGCCGUGGGCAUGCUGAAGAAGCUGGAUAAAUUGAUUCCCGUCCUGGUCAACCUGGGCAAGAAGCACGUGAAUUAUGGGGUGGAACCCGCGCAUUACGAGGUCGUCGGUGAAGCGUUACUCGCGACGCUAUCCGACGCUUUAGGAGACGGCUACACGACCGAGGUCCACGAGGCCUGGGCCGCGGUCUACGACAUCGUGAAGACGACGAUGAUCGGCAAAAACUACGACUACAUGGACGCGACGUACGCCAUCUGAUUGAACAUAUGUUUCCUCCCCCAAGUCGUCCCGCUCCCGUCUUGUGGUUGCACAUAUCACGGGAGACCAACCUGUACAUAACGAC